AUGGUCAUGGAGUCGCGUUUUCACGAAAACCUCGAUUACAUCAGUGGUUUCUCACUGGACGAUGAGAACACCUUGCCAAACUUUGAUCAAUUUACAAACCAUACCACUGGAUACAGAUUCAGAGACGAACCUUUGGAUCUCAGCUUCUUAGAUGUUCCUCCUGCACUCAACAAUGAUCUCCCCACUGUAAAUUCGUCCUCACAACAAGAUUCUCCCGAUUUGGUUACAGAUUUUCUAAACCAGUUUCUCAUGGAGGAGAACAUGGAGAACAACAACACACAAGGUAUGUUCCACGAUCCUGUAACUCUCCAAGCCUUUGAAAAUUCUUUCUAUGAAGACCUCAGUGAGAAACACCCACCUCAGCCACCACCCUCCGUUAUCGUUAACUUCAACCUGAAUCCUGAAAGCCCAGAAGAGAUCUCCGGCGCAUACAGUACACACAGCAGCACAAGCGGUGGUGAUUUAUUCGAGAUCAAAUCCUCUCUCACACAACCCCAAUUACCUGAUUCCCCUCCUUUUAGGCCCACCAUUAACGCAACAGAUUCGAUGAUAAACGCACACAUGGCCCAAAACAUAUUCACCGAUCAAGAAUCUAUCUUACAGUACAAAAAAGGAAUGGAAGAAGCCAGUAAAUUUCUCCCUCCUAUCAAACCUCUAAUUAUCGAUUUGGAUAAAUACAACUUACCAUCAAAAGAUCCACCAAAGGUUAUAGUAAAACUGGAAAAUAUCGAACCUCAUAAUUUCAGCUCCAAUUCCAAUUCCAGUUCACCAGAUGGGUUUCGUGCAAGAAAACAUCACCAUUUAGAAGACAACGAUUAUGAAGACGAAAGAAGUAGCAAACACAGACCCUCAUCUGCUGUUUGUGAAGAAGAAGAAGCUCAAUUAUCUGCAAUGUUUGAUAGAAUUCUUCUUUGUGCUAAUGUUAAUUCAAAACCCGACACCUUCCCUGAUUGUCACUUAACUAGUUUACCACCACUCGCUUACAAUUCAUGGAACGCCUCUUCUUGGAGAUCAGAAACUAAUGACAGUUUUGACAUCAGAACUUUACUAAUCAACUGUGCACAAUCAAUAGCUUCAGACGAUUUUAGAGUCGCAACCCAACAACUGAAUCAAAUAAGACGACACGCAUCACCUUCCGGAAACCCCGCACAAAGGUUAGCCCAUGUUUUCGCACAUGGUCUCGAAGCACGCUUAUCUGGCACUGGGUCCCACUCUCGAAAAUCCUUAAAAAUCUCAGCUGCUGACAAGCUAAAAGCUUUCCAAGCUUACGUAACCACCUGCCCUUUUAAAAAAAACGAAGUCUACUUUGCUAAUAGAACGAUCUAUGAAGCUGCAUUGACUUCUUCAACUCUUCAUAUUGUGGAUUUUGGAAUUGGGUAUGGUUUUCAAUGGCCGAUUCUAAUCAAACAGCUGGGGGACAGACGCGGCGGCCCACCGAAACUGAGAAUCACCGGAAUUGACCGCCCGGAGGCCGGUUUCCGGCCGGCGGAGCGCGUGGAGGAGACCGGGCGGCGGUUGGCGGGUUACUGCCGCCGGUUUAACGUCCCGUUUGAGUAUAAUUCAAUCGCGAUACAAAACUGGGAAACGAUAAAGGUUGAGGAUUUCAAGGUUGAAAGAAACGAGUUUCUUGCGGUGAACGCGCUCACGUGUUUUGAAAAAUUACUUGAUGAGAGUGUGAUCGCGGAUAAUAAUCCGAGGGAUUUGGUUUUGAAGAUGAUUCGGGAGUUGAGACCGGAUGUUUUUAUACAUUCGGUUGUGAACGGGACUUACAAUGCACCUUUUUUUGUUACGCGUUUUAAAGAAGCGCUUUUUCAUUAUUCGGGUUUGUUUGAUAUGUUUGAUGCGACAUUGGAUCGUGGGGAUGCGCGGAGGCGGGAUUAUGAGAGGGAGUAUUGUGGGAAUGAAGCAGUUAAUGUGAUUGCGUGUGAAGGGCGUGAGAGGGUGGAGAGGGCCGAGACUUAUAAGCAGUGGCAGGUCAGGAACAUGAGGGCGGGAUUUAAGGCGAAAAGGAUCGAUCCUGACCUUGUUUCACAGAUGAAAAGUAAGGUGAAAGCCGGGUAUCAUAAGGAUUUUGUGUUUCAUGAAGAUGAGAUUUGGAUGCUACAGGGAUGGAAAGGGAGGAUUCUGUGUGGGAUUUCGUGUUGGGUAUCAGCAUAG